CGAUCAUUGUCACAACUUUCACAUUCAUUUCUGCAUCAUCAUGAGUAUAUGUGUUCCAGUCAAUAAUGGUCUGAUACUACGAUCUUUAUUUCGUGACGUUAUACGCGGCUUAAGGAAAAUCAGCGAUCAGGCACCCAUACUCAUAGCCAGAACAGACUACUCUACAGAGCUCAAAAACGAAAUUGAAAAGGCAUCCAUCGACAAAUUGCAGUAUCGAGAUUAUUUACUCUCUGAAAUCAGACAUACUGCUCUACAAAAGUUUUCUGCUGAACCAAAAGACGUCAAGGAUCAUGUCUUUUACAGCCAGCUCUGGCAAGGUCACCACCUUGCAACGACAUUGAGAGCAAUUCAAAGCGAUCCCAAUAAUGCAGCAUUAUGGGUAGACCUCAUAGACAUUGUUGUUACAGAAAGAACAGCACAGCUACGAAGGAGUAAUUGGAUUCUCGAUUAUAAAUCACAUAAAGAAGUGAUCGACGAGCAUCAUUUGAAAGAAAUGCACCCACUACAAGCGAAACGUGUCUUGUCCAAAAAGAAGAAGAUGACUUCAAUAAUUAGUCCUAGUACUGAUAAAGGUUAUAAGUUACUUCUUAAAAAUAGAGAGGAUAAUGCGGCAUGGGUUGUGCGGAACUACUUGAAAAGGUUGCAGUUGCAGGGUAAAAUACCAAAUCCGUUCAAAUUGCCUCAUGUUUCUGACAGUAUACGUCAGCAAGCACUCCAGCUUCCCAGAGUGUCUGAUCUUAUUCCAGGGUCAACAAAAUCAGCUGUGUUGAAAGCAGCUUAUGACAUGGAUCACAUCAACACCAUAAUCAAACCUGAAAUAGAGUACCUGUUGAACAAGAGACACUAUCUUGAAAAGUACCAAAGAAUUGUCAACAAAGAUGGGCCAGUGAAAGUUAAAAUAAUAAGCACACUGGCGGGUAUAAUGCAAGCUCAUUUCUUAAGGGCGCCAGUCAAGGACGAAAAGCGCAUGAAGCAGCUAGCUAUCGACGUGAAAAAACUGACUAGAGUCAUACGCAAGCAGUUCAUCUGGAAACUCGACUCUUCUCAAGCAGAGGGGAUCUGUGAGCGAAAGUUUGGCGAUGGAUAUGCUGUUAGAGGCUCAAAGGGGUUUUCCAUUGAUGAGAUCAUGUAUCCCAAAAGGUAUUAUGAAGAGAUUGUGCUGGAAGAAGCUGAGUGGGAAUUCUUGAUCAAAGUUGAAGAAUUGAAGAUGGUCUAUGGAUCAAGCGCACUUAACGAUGCAAAGUUUUCCAACAAGUUGAGAGAAGUUCGUCAGCAAAUAAUCCAAGGUUGGCACGAGCCUUUGGACACGGCCUCUAGGGAAAUCGACGAUGAAGUCAAACUGUAUUUUACCAAGUACAAGAUCACUGAGAACAGUUCUAUCUGGGAAAGGAGGGCUGCAUUGCAAGCACGCAUGAACCUUAAUUUCGAGAAAACAUCAAAAAAGCUCGGCAAUUUGAUUGGUCUUUUGGAAAGAGAUAAAGUUUGUGCACAUUCUGACUUAUUUCACCGAAGCCAUCAUACCAGUUUCAACUAUGGCGAGAUUCCUGAGAAAGAUAGAAUUGGAACAGGAAAAUCAUUGGGUGAUUACCUCAAAGAAGCAGGCCUUUCAGGUUACAAAAUGGGCUAUGAAUUCAAAAAGCGACUCAAUAUAGCCUAAGUGUGCAGUGCGUCUAUAUCUGAAGUCUCUGCUCACUGCCAAUGAAGAGUUAUAGAAUGCGGCUAUCUACAUAUGUCAAAAAUAGUGAAGAAUCGUCAAAGUUGGGUUU